GCAAUGCUGAUGCUCCUUCAAAAAGUGUACCGUAUCCGGCCAUUUCCCCAAUCGCCCGACCAGACGCGCGUAGCCACCAUGACUUCGGUGAACUCGAUACCCCUCACGCCGCCGCCUCAGCACGAGCACGAAAGCGAGACGCCGUACAAGGGCACCCCCGUGUGGAACGUCAAGGCCACUAUCGUCAAGUAUCGUGUGGCUCUGGCCGCUGUACUGCUUGUGCUCAUCGUGGUGAUCGUGUUGGCAGCCUGCGGCGUCUUCUCGUCCUCAUCGGACGAUUCCUCCUCCUCUUCUAGUGCCUCUACCACCACAGGUAACGUGACCAUCUACCACGCCGGCUCCCUGGUCGGCCUCAUGGACGACAAGCUUGCUCCGGCCUUCACCGCCGCCACGGGCAUCUCCACGUCGCUAGUGGCUAAAGGCUCCGUUAAACUGGCCAACCUCAUCAUCAACGGUAGCCAAUCCGACGUCUUCAUCAGUGCCGACGCCUCCGUCAACUCGGAGCUGCUCAUGGGCGAUGCCAACGACAAUUUGAUCUCCUGGUAUAUCACCUUUGGAGAGACAUCAGUUGGCAUCGGCUAUUACCCUCAGUCGCCCUAUGCCGACGUGUUCGCUGCCGUCCAGAAUGGCUCGCUGCUCUGGUACGAAGCGUUACUUCAGAACCCCGACAUGAAACUCGGACGUACAGACCCAGAUGCUGACCCCAAGGGCUACCGUACCGUCAUGAUGUUCGAACUGGCCGAGGAAUACUACAAUACCAGUGGACUGAUUUCUAGUAUCUUGGGUAACGCGACUAACCGCGACCAGAUCUUCUCAGAGGAGAAUCUGGAGACGUAUCUGUCGUCCGGAGACCUGGAUGUAGGCUUCUUCUACGCCGUCGAGGCAGGCAGCUUGAGCAACAUCGACUUCAUUACGCUGCCUGAGGAGAUUAACAUGGGAAAUCCGGCCCUUGACGACGUAUAUGCGACCGUGUCGUACACUAACUCCGAGACGGGGACGGUCUACAAUGGAUCGGCGUCGAUCUACACUGUAACUAUUCUUAAUAACGCGACGCAUAUGUCGGAGGCGGAAGAGUUUGUGGCGUAUUUGUUGUCGUCCGACGGACAAGCGAUACUCACUGAGCAAGGGAUGGAGGCGGCCAAUCUUACAGCUUACGGCGACACGUCGGCUAUUCCCUCGGCGAUUGCGACGUAUCUGUCGUGAUGAAAGUAUUUGGGCAGCUUAAGGCAGAUUUGUGUUGAAAAGGACAAGCAAGAGCCGAGUGAAUGAAUGAUCGAAAUGGCGGUCUUGAUUGGUACUUAUUGAUACUUACAACGGUUUACUGUACAUGGUUUGGAU